AUGGCACCGGCUCAAAUCCACCCACCCGCCGCAUUCCCACCGAAAGCACACUCACCCAGCUCAAGCCGGUUUGUUUUGGACGGCAUGCACGACUACGAUGACGAACCCCUUCCAAACCCCAUCAUGCCAUCCUCUUCUCAGUACCCUUCACCCCAAUCCGGUAUCACGUCUCACUCAAUCCGUGCCCACGCUGUCGACCACGUCAACGACGGUUCCUCGUCCUCAGACGAAGACAGCGCGAGGCCUGUACUCCACAACAGCGCGCCGCACAAUCCUCCACCCCUUCUCACGGCUGCAAAGACGUCGCCGGCCCAAACCCAUGUUCGAACCGUCGUAUACCCACGCAAACCACACCUAGAACCACGCGAUUUUCACAAAGACGCGGACUACGAUAACGGCAUGCCAUCCCAACUGAAUGGACCCGGUCACACCCCUCUACGCCGCUCACUCACACCGACCCAGAUCCGUCUCUCGGCUCCAGACCCACGCAUCUCGGACCCACCCGAUUCCCCCCGCCUUACCAGCCAGCACAGAGUCGAAUACAGCUCCUCAUCGUCAAACGACGCCCCAGUUCACGCCCCCUCUCACCAACCCCCCGCCAACGACCUGGUCCAGCGACACGUUGGCGCGCGGAUGUAUUCGACCCCCGUCGCGGGGACGGGGAUGUGGGCUUAUUCGUUUGCGGAUGUCUUGUUGAGUGGUGAGGAGGAGGAGUGUGAAGACGAGGAGGAUGAGGAGUUGGCGAGGGCGGAGCGGGAGGGUAGGCGAGAAGGCGUUGUUCUGGUUCGUGGGACGGACGAUCCGGGGCGUGAUCAGCCCAUCAUCACCGGAGUGAACACCGACCCCAUCCAACCCCAAAAACGCAAGCGCCGCUACUCCCCACCCCCGCUAGACUCCGACUCGGCCGACGCCGACUUUGCGCCUCGACCAGGAGACGACGACGAUGAUGACGAGCCGAGCGAGGAUCCUGCUUACAAUGACUGGAGGGGGAGCAGGAAACGGAGGACGGGGGGUCCGCCCAUGUCCACGCCGAUGCAGAUGCAGAAAGGUUCCACACACACGCCUGCCGCGAGAGCGAGCCCCCCGAAUGUGAACACUGGGCGCGAUACCUUGAUGAAGAGCAGGGCGACGGGACCGGUUGGGUCUCCGCAGACGAGGCGACGGGUCGUCGAUGUGGGGAUCAAGGACGAUCGUAGGAAAUCCCACCACUGCGCGGGGGCGGGCGAUGGGAACUCGGCUGUCGUGGAUGACACUCCCCGAGUGAAAACACGUGUGCCUGGCUAUAAGAACCCCCUCUUUAUGCAACCCGCUCACAGGAAAGCGAAGACCGUCAUCGACCUGACUGAGCCCGACCCGGAUGUGAGCGAGGAUGAUGCGCGUAGGAAGAGGGUGGAUAAGUGGGUUAAGGAUGAGGACGGUGUGAUUGAUGUGGAUGAUUCGGAUUCGCGGCAGGUGAAGGACGAAGCGCGUAUGAAGGGGAGACAGGCGCCGAAGAAGGAGGUGGCUGGGAAGGUGGUGGGUGAGAGUAGUGGGUGGGGGAGGAGGCACCGAGCCUGGUCCACCGCCGAAGACGCCGUCCUCCGCGACAUCUGCCGCCCGACCAACCGCCGCGACAAGACAUGGAGUGCGCUCGCGUCAGAGCUCAACAACCACUUUGGGCGAAACGCUCCUAUGCUGCGGUCGAGGUGGGAAAGGAUGUGCGCCAAUGGAACGGCGACGAGAUGA